AUGGAAGUUAACCCCGCGAUCUUUCUAGUCUCGAUCUGGUGCUUUCAUAGCACGGUACUUGUGACUGCGGAUUCCAUCAUUCAUAUAGGAGCAAUUUUUGAUGAAACUGCCAAGAAAGAUGAUGAAGCAUUUCGCCUAGCUGUUACUGACCUCAACACAAAUGAGGACAUUCUUCAGACAGAAAAGAUUACGUUUUCUGUAACAUUUGUGGACAGCAACAACCCCUUCCAAGUUGUGCAGGAAGCAUGUGACUUGAUGAACCAAGGUAUAUUGGCCCUCGUCAGCUCUGUUGGGUGCAUGUCUGCGGGUUCUCUCCAAUCCCUUUCGGACGCCAUGCACAUCCCACAUCUCUACGUACAAAGAACAACAUCUGGAUCACCAAGAAGUGGCUGUGGCCUUAAUAGGUCAAGCAGAAGUGAGAACUAUACCCUCUCCAUCCGUCCACCUGUCUAUCUGAAUGAAGUUAUCCUCAAGGUUAUCUCAGAGUUUGCCUGGCAGAAGUUCAUUAUUUUCUAUGACAGUGAUUAUGAUAUCCGUGGAAUUCAGGAUUUUCUGGACAAAGCCUCCCAGCAGGGAAUGGAUGUCGCUCUGCAGAAAGUGGAAAGCAACAUCAAUAGGAUGAUCAGCACCAUGUUUGCCUCAAUGCGUUUGGAAGAGAUGAAUCGGUACCGGGACACACUACGACGUGCUAUUCUAUUCCUGAGCCCACAAACUGCAAAGGCCUUUGUUUCUCAGGUCGUUGACUCCAAUCUAGUGGCUUUUGACUGUCACUGGAUCUUCAUAAAUGAGGAAAUGAGCGAUGCCGAUGUUGAGGACUUGGUGAAACGGUCGAUUGGGAGGUUAACGAUAAUUCGGCAGACCUUUCCCUUUUCUUUAAAUGCCACUCAAAGCUGUCUCCGUGGUAAGCACAGAAUCUCUCCAUUACUGUGUGAUCCCAAGGACCCCUACAAGCAGAACAUGGAGAUCACCAAUCUCUACAUCUAUGACACUGUGGUUCUACUGGCCCAUGCUUUUCACAAGAAGCUGGAGGAUCGGAAAUGGCACAGUAUGGCCAGCUUGACCUGCAUCAGGAAAAACUCAAAGCCUUGGCAAGGUGGACAUUCCAUGUUAGAGACCAUCAAGAAGGGAGGAGUGAAUGGAAUGACCGGCUUUCUGCAAUUUAAAGAUGACGGUGGAAAUCCAAAUGUGGAAUUUGAAAUUCUGGGGACGAAUUAUGGAGAGGAUUUAGGAAGAGGGAUCCGUAAGCUUGGCACAUGGACCCCUGAUUCUGGGUUGAAUGGAUCGCUGACAGACAAAAAGCUGGAAAACAACAUGCGGGGUGUGAUGCUACGUGUUGUAACACUACCAGAAGAACCUUUUGUUAUGGUAUCUGAAAACAUACUUGGGAGAACAAAGAAAUAUUAUGGAUUCUCUAUCGACGUCUUGGAUGCCUUGUCAAGUUACCUGGGUUUCAAGUAUGAAAUCUACGUGGCUCCUGAUCACAAGUUUGGCAGCCAGCAACCUGACGGAAACUGGAAUGGGCUGAUUGGAGAACUUGCCUUCAAGCGGGCAGAUGUGGGAAUCUCAGCCUUGACCAUUACACCAGAACGGGAGAGUGUUGUGGACUUCACCACUCGUUACAUGGACUACUCAGUAGGGUUUCUUCUGAAGAAGGCAGAGAAGACAGUUGACAUGUUUGCCUGCCUGGCUCCUUUUGACUUCUCUCUCUGGGCAUGUAUUGCUGGCACAGUGAUACUAGUGGGCCUACUGGUGUAUCUGCUGAACUGGCUGAACCCUCCCAGGCUGCAGAUGGGUUCCGUCACAUCCACCACCUUGUACAACUCAAUGUGGUUCGUCUAUGGUUCAUUUGUCCAGCAAGGUGGGGAGGUUCCUUACACAACCUUAGCCACACGAAUGAUGAUGGGUGUAUGGUGGCUGUUUGCACUGAUCGUCAUAUCCUCUUACACAGCAAACCUAGCAGCAUUCCUUACAAUUAACCGCAUUGAAAACUCCAUUCAGUCCCUACAGGAUCUUUCAAAGCAAACAGACAUUCCUUACGGCACGGUGAUGGAGUCAGCUGUGUAUGAACAUGUUCGAGUAAAAGGAAUGAACCCUUUUGAGAGAGACAACAUGUACGCACAAAUGUGGAGGAUGAUCAACAAGGGUAAUGGGACAGAAACCUCGGUGAAGGAUUCCCAGGAAGGCAUUCAGAGGGUGAAAGCUGGCAACUAUGCUUUUGUGUGGGACGUGGCAGUGUUGGAAUACAUCGCCCUAAACAGCCCAGACUGUUCUUUGUUCACUGUUGGCAAUGCUCUGGCAGACCGAGGAUACGGGAUCGCCCUCCAACAUGGCAGUCCUUACAGAGAUAUCUUUUCCCAAAGGAUCCUGGAGCUUCUGCAACAUGGGGACCUUGACAUCCUGAAGCACAAGUGGUGGCCAAAGACAGCCCAGUGUGACAUCUCCUCCCCGAACAGAGCCCACCAGAAAGGCAGUGCACUUGACCUGGCUAGCUUCGCUGGUGUCUUCUGCGUUCUGGCAGCUGGAAUAAUCUUGGCCUGCCUCAUAGCGAUCGUGGAGAACUGGUGGAACAGGCGGAAGGGAUCCCGUGUCCCAUCCAAGGAGCCGUUUCUACACAGUGGGAUGGAGAACAAGGUCUACAAUUUGGAUGAUAAGGAGAUUGACCUCGAGCACCUACACAGACGAGUCAACAGCCUCUGCACAGACGACGACAGCCCCCACAAGCAGUUCUCCACCUCGUCGGUAGACCUGACUCCCCUGGAGGUGGACACCAUUCCAACGCGACAAGCUCUUGAACAGAUCAGCGACUUUAGAAACACGCACAUCACCACCACUACCUUCAUACCAGAGCAGAUCCAGACUAUAAGCCGCAGCCUGUCAGCUAAAGCCGCCUCGGGCUUUUCAUUCGGGCCAAUGCCUGACCACCGAACUGGCCCCUUCCGAAGCAGGGCACCCAACGGUGGCUUCUUCAGAAGUCCCAUUAAAACCAUGUCCUCCAUCCCCUACCAGCCAACUCCAUCAUCUGUGUACAACCUCAACAACGACCCUGACCGGGGCACCUCUAUUUGAAUGUCACAUUUCAAGCCCUUUUCCUUCCAACCAGGACUCAGUUUGUGAGACAAUAGAAUUUGUGGUAGGACUAACUUGAACAUGCUUUCUCUUUGUUUUUUUUUAAAACAAGAAGCCAGGAUCUUAGUUACAGCUUUCCCAGAUAUAAUCGCAAUAACCAGCCUGUUUGAAGCAAGUAUGUUUAUUUCCGCUGCAUCUGGAUUCAAUGCUUUUGCUGAUGACUAUUUCAUGUGAUAUCCCAUUUUGGACCAAUAGCACGACUUACCAUUAAAAGUAAUGAACAUUCAGGCCACAAAUUCCAGAA